CGAACCUCCUUAUGUGUCCGGCCCACGGUGUAAUCGAUAUCUUCACGCCUCAGAUACGCCAUGGCAGGAUUGGAAAAGCACCAGUCUAUUUCCGAUAUUCGGAUCCAGCUGUAUAUACUGGGCAAGUUUUGAACCCGCUUUUCUAAUGCUUUGACUCUGUUUCCCGCAUGUCGACUGACUCUACGUCCAGGCCUCUUUCGCUUCACCGAAGCUCUUGCGUGGACCAGUAUCUUCCCGUAUGUCUACUUCAUGAUAGGGUCUUUUGACUCUGUCAACGAUACAGACGUUGCCUUGUACGCUGGCGUCCUGAUAUCGGUCUUCACAUUUUGCGAGUUCCUGAGUGGCAUGCUAUGGGCGCGCAUAGCGGACACUAUCGGGCGGAAACCUACCCUGCUCAUCGGCAUCAUUGGUGGGAUUGCCUCCGCAGCUCUAUUCGGUUUCUCUAGAAACCUCAUGCAAGCCAUCGCUGCGAGGGCCAUUGGUGGCCUAUUGAACCCAAAUGUCGGGGUGGUGCAAACCUGCAUUGGCGAACUGGCUACAAGGAAAGAGCAGCAAGCUAACGCAUUCUCCGUCGUCCCCUAUCUUCGCGGCCUCGGGAACCUAGUCGGUCCCAUCAUCGGCGGUUUUCUCGCGGAUCCAGUUAAACACUACCCGUCGAGUUUCAAAGCAUCGUCUAUCUGGGCAGAGUACCCUUAUCUUCUCCCGAAUCUCGUCGUUGUCUGCUUACUAGUCGUCACAUUCGUCAUUGGCUUCCUCUUCUUCAGAGAAACUCUGCCCCGAACGGAAGCGGAUGCUUCCGUCGCAUCCACAAUGGCAGCCCGGUUUGGGAAGCUAUUCACGUGGCUCGGGUUACGGCAUCAACAAUCGGGAUACCGCCAUAUCACAGACCCGGAAUCACUACCACCCACAGAGCUUACGAUUCAAUCUCCGACAGAUGACGAUGCGCAAGACGCUGUCGAGUUGAAAUCCCUCAAUAGGCAAAAUUUUGACCGCCGAGAUGCUCAGGACGCAUUCGCUUUAGAACCCCUCGACCAGGAAGCAGCCGAUCACCAAGAUGCUUUGACGGCUACGGAGAGAGAGACGAGAGGCAAGAUAUAUACUACUCAGGUCAUCUUGCAAAUCAUCUCUGUCUCCCUACUUGCAUUUCACAAAGUCGCAUCUGACAUCAUUAUGCCAGUAUUCCUGGCCUCGCCAAACCGCACAACCUCACAUAUACCUGAACACAUCAAAGCUCGAAACUUCUUACAAUUUGACGAUGGGUUUGGCCUCAGCACUCGUCAAAUAGGGCCCAUCCUACUUUCGCAAGCACUCAUCGCUGUUAUAGGACAGUUUUUCCUCGUACCUCGGAUCGUCGGAACAUACGGUGCGCUCCGUAUCUACCGCUAUGUGUUAUGGCUAUAUCCCUUCUUCUAUCUCUUCACUCCUUUCACGGCGCAGCUUCCUUACCCAGUUUCGGUCGCUACGGUAAUGGUUGACUUGUGGGUUAAGGUGCUCCUGUCCUCUACUGGAUAUACAUGUUCGGCCAUUCUCAUCACGAAUACAUCACCAUCUAAAGCCUACUUGGCUAGGAUAAACGGGGCUGCUGCAUCAUUUGGCUGUCUGGCGAGGUCCGUUGGGCCACUAGUGGCGGGACGUUUAUUCGGAUGGGGUUUGCAUAUGCACUACAUUGGUGUCGCAUUUUGGGCGUUGUCCGGUGUGGCUGCCUUUGGGGCUGUGGAAUGUCUCAUUCUUCACGACCAUCCGUAAGUCUCUCGGUAAGGAGUGGUUGAGCGGAAAGGAUUGGAUUGCUCCCAUACAUUGAGGUUCGGCUACUUUCUUUUUGAGCCUUCGACUAUUCUAAGUCAGGGUAUAGCCGCCUACAAUUAUGUUAAUACUUUUCACCACGCUGAGACUUAUCUCGAG